AUGUCCCUGGUACUUAGCUCAUUUACAGACACCAUCAAGACACGCCUGCAAUCACAAGCUGGAUUCAUUGCCUCGGGUGGAUUCCGUGGUGUUUACUCUGGCCUUCUUUCUGCAGUUAUUGGAAGUGCACCAAAUGCCUCCUUGUUUUUCGUCACCUACGAAUCAAUGAAGAGACUCCUCAGUGCCUCCAUAGAUAACCCGCAGUAUGCACCAUUUGUUCAUAUGACAGCUGCCUCGUUUGGUGAAAUUUCUGCAUGCACCGUGCGUGUUCCUACUGAAGUCAUCAAGCAACGUAUGCAGACAAAGCAAUUCCAAGUUACCUCCUCAGCAGUCUCGCAUGUCAUUCGUACCGAAGGCAUUCUUGGCUUUUAUCGUGGUUUCCUUUCUACUGUAGCUAGAGAAAUUCCUUUUACCUGCAUUCAAUUCCCCUUGUAUGAAUACUUCAAGAGUGCCUAUGGUACUUACAAGGGUCGUCCUACUGAGCCUUAUGAGGCUGCAAUGUGGGGUUCUCUUGCUGGUGGUAUUGCAGCUGCUAUCACAACUCCUCUAGAUGUUUGCAAAACCCGUAUCAUGCUUUCUCACAAGAACCAAGCCGUGAAGCAAUACACUGGAAUCAUCUCGACCAUGAAGCGCAUUGUUGCUGAAGAAGGCCCACGCGCUCUUCUUUCUGGUAUUGGACCCCGUGUGAUGUGGAUCUCAAUUGGAGGAAGUAUUUUCUUGGGUGUGUACGAAAAGGCUGUCAAGACCUUUGCACAGUCCCAGAUGUUGGAGGAUCGGCGGUAA